CCAAUAUAUUGAUUAUUUGUUUGUUAUUGACGUGCGUUCGUUAAUUGAAACCAUAACCAAUAGGUACGUAUAUCAGAAAAUUGAGUUUUUUGUAUUUUUAAUUAAACUGCGUUUAAACUUUUUAACAACCGCAGAGAGGAAUGACAGAUAGAACUAAAAGAAGGCGAAAUCAGAAAAAUGCAUCAUACUUGCAAUUUAGAUGUGAACAGGACAAUUAUUCAGAUGAAGUGUCUGAAUCAGAUGUCGAACGUUGUUCGGUUUCCUCUUAACUUGAUGUUAUUGAAGUUAUUGGUAUUGCCCCAGACACACCAGCAGAAACACGAAUUCAACAGUUAUCAACAUUGGACGUGAAAGCACAUUAUCUUAAGUACAUAUUUUUGGGGAUAUUAUACAAAUAACUUUGCUUUAAAAAAGGAGCCAAUGCUGUCAUCGGAUGACUAUUCUGAUCAGGAUAUACCAGACAGUAGUGGUAGUGAUCUUGAAAACUCACCAUCUAUUUCAGCAGAAGAAUCUGAUGAAGAUGUUCCAACUCUGCAAGAUGUUUCUGCUGGUGAACUUGCACUCAGGACACAGUUGGCAACGUGGAAAAUUGAUAAUCACAUUGAGUUUUCCAAGUGUGAUCAGCUAUUGAAAAUUCUGCAUGCGUACCACCCUUCUCUUCCUCUAUCGACAAGAACUCUAGUGAAAACAUCAAGAACAGCGGUAACACUGAAAACUAUAUUCCCCGGUAAAUAUUACCAUUUUGGUAUUGCGAAGGGAAUUUCGGAUACUCUGUUGAUAAUGCAUAUUCAAGAAUUGUUUGUUAAUCCCGUCCCGUUAUGUGUUGCUAUAGAUGGUGUCCAUCUUAUAAAUAGUUCCCGCAGCCAGUUCUGGCCUAUUGUCGGCUACUUAUCGUUCAUUAAAGAUUCACCUCCUUUUCCCAUCGGGGUUUACCAUGGCUUUUCUAAACCCAACUCCUCCAACGCAUAUUUGUUAGAUUUAGUAGAGAAAUCGCAACGGCUUAUCGAAAGAGGAUUCUUUUUCCGCGAAAAACUUUUUUCAGUUCUUAUUAAGUCAUUCGUUUGCGAUGCUCCUGCAAGAGCUAUGAUUUUGUGCAUUAAAAGUCAUUCUUCUGAACAAUAUGGUUGCGCCAGAUGCACAGGGUUUGGUAGGUUGAUUGGUAACUUGAGAACUAAUGAAUCCUUCAGAGAAAAGCAAUGUAUGCCCCAUCACCAUUGCCGUACAAUUUUAGAAAAUCUCCAUUAUCUCGAUAUGGUUCUCGAUGUCCCAUUAGAUCCAAUACACCUACUCGAUCUCGGUACCAUGAAGAAGAUUCUUACUUUCCUUUUUGGAACAGAUAGAAAGGGAAGAAAUGUGCCACAUUUAACUUUACACCACACAAUAUUCGAUCAAAUUGAUUCCUUUAUUACUGUCCAUAUAAGGCGAUUUGUGUCAAGAAUUGAAUUUGCCCGGCAACCAAGAGCCAUAAUAGUAUGGUAAAAUUAAGCCAAAUAAGGGGGUCUACCAAAAACAAAUUGAUAAUAGUGAUUUUUUUAAUGAGCAUUAUUAAUACCAAUGUGUUCUUAUUCUGUGUAAAACCCGCCCAAGA